AUGGAGGCAAGCUACGUGAAAGACAGUCGGCUAGCAGAACGCGUUGAGUUUGAGAACGCUGAGCUCACUUCCGGGCCGGACAUUGCUUUUGCUACCAAUCUGCUCAGUAGGGAAGCAUCAAAGCCCAGUGUAAAUGCCUGGCAUGGUAUCAAGCGGGUGCUGCGUUACCUGCAGGAUACCAAGGACUUCAGUCUCAAGCUGUCAGCUGCAGAUUGUGAUGAAUUGCAGAUCGAGAACAAGGCUGAACAAGACAAAAUCCCCAGAGAGGAGAAGCCAUGCAAAAAUUUGGAGUAUGGGGAGAGCUGCAGUCAGUGUGGGGAGAGCUCCAGUCUCACUUCCCAUCAGAGAAUUCAUACCGGGGAGAAACCCUAUCAGUGUGGGGAAUGUGGAAAGAGCUUCACUGAUAGCUCCUCUCUCACUUCCCAUCAGAGAAUUCAUACAGGGGAGAAACCCUAUCAGUGUGGGGAAUGUGGAAAGAGCUUCAGUCAGAGCUCCAGUCUCACUUCCCAUCAGAGAAUUCAUACAGGGGAGAAACCCUAUCAGUGUGGGGAAUGUGGAAAGAGCUUCAGGAAGAGCUCCCAUCUCACUUACCACCAGAGAAUUCAUACAGGAGAGAAACCCUAUCAGUGUGUGGAAUGUGGAAAGAGAUUCAGGAAGAGCUCCCAUCUCACUUACCACCAGAGAAUUCAUACAGGAGAGAAACCCUAUCAGUGCGUGGAAUGUGGAAAGCGUUUCAGUCACUGUUCCAAUCUCACUUCCCAUCAAAGAAUUCAUACAGGGGAGAAACCCUAUCAGUGUGUGGAAUGUGGAAAGAGCUUCAGGGAGAGCUCUGGUCUCACUAAGCAUCAGAGAAUUCAUACAGGAGAGAAAUCCUAUCAGUGUGGGGAAUGUGGAAAGAGCUUCAGCAGAAGCUCCUAUCUCACUUCCCAUCAGAGAAUUCAUGCAGGGGAGAAACCCUAUCAGUGUGGGGAAUGUGGAAAGAGCUUCAGUCACAGCUCUGAUGUCACUAAGCAUCAGAGAAUUCAUACAGGGGAGAAACCCUAUCAGUGUGGGGAAUGUGGAAAGAGCUUCAGUCAGAGCUCCCAUCUCACUUCUCAUCAAAGAAUUCAUACAGGGGAGAAACCCUUCAUUAUAUUGCUUUAGGAGCCAGGCUAAUACGCACCUUUUUAACCAGGCCUUUGGCUGAUUGACAUCUAAGGCCCUUUUAAAAUGUGGUGGGGAGUUGAGUUACCGAUGUGUAUUUUGUGUUUUUAUGUUGUGUUUUUAUGUUGUAACUGUCCUGAGACAUGUGGGAACAGGAGUCAACAACUAGAGGCCAAGGGGUUUUUGCCCCCCAAUAGUAUAUUUGAGGGGGCCACCACCCCAGUUGAUAGGCAUUGCCAUUCCAAUGGCCUGCAUGCGUCAUGUGAUUGAUUGUGCAAGGAGGGCCUUA